AUGCCUGACAACAAUACUGUAAAUGAAUGUUGCAAAUGCUUUCAAACGUGUCCAUUUCAGAAUUUGGGACGGGUUGUGGCUAACAUAGUUGAUAUACAGCAAACCGUCGUCAUGCAAUUCGAUCAAUUGACAAGAGCUUUGGAAUCCUUGAAAGUAGGGUCUUAAUUUAUGAAAAAUACUAUUUUUUAUUUAUUUUACAGUUGGAGUUUCAUGGAUCGGUAUCUUCCCUGAAAGAUUCGAUGAAUCGCCUGGAAGAGCGAUCCCAAAGAAACGUUUGCUUACUUAUUUAUUCAGUAAAAAUUGCUAAUAUCAUAGGUGGAUGAGCUUAGAGCGGCACAUAGCAAAGAAACGGAAAGGCUUCUAGAUAUUAUCAACACUCUUUUGAACAGAGAGAAGGAAGCCGCGGUGGCUGCUCAGCAGCGGAACAUGAUGGCUCAGGUUUUUCAAUCUUUAUUCUUUAUUAAUUGAAUUUAUUUUUUUAAAGAUGUACUCUCCGGCUCAGUCUAUGGCUGGAAUGGCAGCAGCGCAGCAAAACCAGUUGGCCCUUCUUCUACAACAGCAGCAACAACAAGAAGUUGGAAUGCUCGAUUUUAUUUAAUUUAACCUUUUCACGUUUAGUUACAACGCUUACUUGCUGCUAACAAUGCGGCUUUCCAAGGGCAGCAGUAUCCUACGAUUCCUCAGAGGUUUUUUUUACCAGAUAAAAUAGAUUUUCGUUGGAUUAUUAUAUCUAUAGCCUCUGCAAAAGUUCUCUGGUUUUUUGAAUAAGAGCAGAAGUUUUUAAUGAGCCAAAUACUUUUAAUGUUUUCGCUCCUCAACAAUACAAGUAGGGAUUUUCGUCCUACUGGUUUCAUAAAAAUUGGUGGAAUGAUAAAAAGACGUCUUCCAUUUAUAAUUCGAAAAAGUUAAGGUGUUUUAUCAUUUUAUCUCACUAAAAAUUUGUGCAAGAUGUUCUGAAUAGAUCAAAAACUCCUUGUUCCAUUUCCGAUUUCUUUUUUUAUACUGGAUUUUGUGACCUUGAGUCUUGCAGUCUAACGUCGACCCCAGUUGCCAAGCCUCUGGAAGCCUUGGCUCGUGCUCAAGUGCCGGCUACUACCCCCGCCAUGACGGUUCCAAAGCCAGCCGCAGCACCAGUCGUCGCUCAAGAAGUUAAACCGGCUCCAGCUUUUUUCAAAGUGAACUUGUACGAUUUUUAAAACAAAUCAACGUCUUCGUUCAGCAAGAUCUUGAAACUCCGAAAGCAGCCCCGGUGGCUCCCGUCACAGCGACUAUCAACACGCCAACGGGUGUUCCGGCGGCGGCCGCUGCUGCGAAGCCUCUCCCGUUCUCCUUUGGAAAUGCUACCAAAUUCGGCACUGCUGCCCCUGUUCUCACGCCAAAAACGGAAACUAAGCCUCUAGGUUUAGUUUUUUUUUUUUAAUGAGUUGGCUUUCUUGAACUUGUGGAAAUAUCGCGAUUAAAUAGCAUUUAAAACUCGCCUUACGAUUCGUGGGUACUCUAUUAGCUCUGAACGAUUUUAUGGUACGUAGGCGUUCCGAAAUUUCAAUUAAGACAGUUAUUUUUUGUUAAUUUUCGUUCGUUUUUUCAUUCUGUUGAAGUUUAGAAACCACUCUGUCCGGUCUGAAGAUUGAAAACUCUGCAAAGGUUGAAGAGAAGAAGGAUGAUGAGGAUGUCGUGGAAGAAUUUGAACCUGAAGUCCAUUUCAAGCCUGUAAUUCCGCUCCCAGCACUCGUCGAUGUUGUGACAGGCGAGGAAAAUGAGACGGUAAUUUAUUAAGUUUCAUUCUUGUCAGUUAUCAACGAUUCUCAGGAGCUCUUCUCGGAAAAGUGCAAGCUCUAUCGGUAUUCCGACGAGACGAAAGAGUGGAAGGAGCGAGGAACGGGAGUUUUGCGCGUGUUGCAGAACAAGGACAAUAAGAAAUGCCGUGUUGUGAUGCGCCGCGAACAAGUGAUUUUUCUGACUGAAUAGAAUUUUUUGAAUUUUUGUACUUUCAGGUCUUGAAAGUGUGCGCCAACCAUAUGCUUGUCAAGGGAAUGACCAUCCAGAAGAUGGUCAAAAACGAGAAAGCCUUGACUUGGUUCUGUGAAGAUUCCUCGGAUGAACAGCCGGCUCACGUGAAACUUUCGGCCCGAUUCGCUACGCCGGAAAUCGCCGACCGGUUCAAGCAAACUUUCGAGAAGGGCGUUGCUGAUUUUGUCGAUGGUUCGUGGAAAAAAAGACCGGAUUUUUCUACAUUUUCAAAAAUUGUUAUUGAAAACAUGACAUCGCAAAGACUUGCUAUCGAAUAAAUUGUCACAUUUUGAAAAUUAUUUUGUAAAAUUGUGAUCGAAAAAGGUCGAUAUAGUUUUCCAUUGUCGAAAUUGAACUUUCACUUGAUCAUCGCUCGGUUUCAAGCGUUAGGAGCCUCUGAAAUUUUUUCUUAUGAGUUCUUCUCGAAAAUUGAAUAUUUUUCGCGUACAUAUUCUGUUAUUAUAAUUUUUGACGUCACCGAUUUUUUUUUGUCAAUCCCAUCAAACUUAUUUCCGGAAAUCUUGUUCUCUGUAACUUUUCCAUUUUUUUUUUCAGACAAGACACCAGUCAAGGCUGAUCAGAAGAAGGAGGAAAAACCCAAAGAAGUCAAACCAAAAGAAGAAGUGAAGCCGAAGGAAGCCGAGAAAAAAGAGCCCGAAGUGAAAACCGAAGCCUCUUUUGGCGAUAAGUUCAAACUUCAGCCUGGAAAGUGAGCAAGCCUUUUCAAAAAAUGACAAAUAAUUCAAUUUUCCAGCUGGGAAUGCACGGAAUGUUACGUUCAGAACGGUCCCAGCGACGCUUCCUGCAAGUGUUGUGGGGCCGGAAAAGACGGAAAGACUGACAACAAGGCCAAUAACAUUUUCAACAAGUAGGGCUUUUUUGAAAUUAAUUUGAAGCCUCGAAUUCGAAUUUUAAGGCCUUCGAUCAUCCAAACGACCCCUGCAACUUCCAAGUUUUCGUUCGGGUUGGGCGCAAAAACGACUGGUCCUGAUGUCGCUGUGAUCACUCCUCAGCAGACCAAAUCUCCAGUCUUUGGGUUUAGAAAAAACGAAGUUAUCAUUUAUUUUGGCGUCUUUCAGUGCUUCUGUUGCUACCACGGCUUCUACGAGCGACAAGCCUUCGAUUUUCGGUGGCGGAACUUCAAGUGGUGAGAAAAAAAGGAGUAAAAAGCUAUGAAAAGGAAAAGUAGAUUUUAAGAUAAUUUGAAUUUGAAGCGUUGACCAUUCAAAGACGGCCCAAAAGGAGUGUCAGUUGAAAAAAAAAUACUACUGCUCUUUCUAUGCUUUUUUUAAAAAGUGAAGCCGUAAAAAAUUAAAAUUGUAAGCCACGACCCGUUUGGAAAAAAAAACAUUCUGAAGAAAGAAAUUUAUUCCUUGUUCAAGGUGUUUUCCAAAAAUUGUAAUUAUGAUUUUCCGAAAUUUAGUUAUCUUAUCCACUCUGAAGGCUUUUUUAAACUUUCAACACGGAGUUAAUCAGAGUGGGAGAGUUAUAAUUUUUAUUUUCCAAAUAGUCUUUCCUCUAUAAAUAUCUAAUUUUUUUUUAGUGAGAUCUGUACUUUUUUGAGGUUUCAAACUGAAUAUCUGUUCGAAAUUAGAUCAAUAAACUUUUUUCAGUGAGUUCUCCUCUCGGGUUUUCGUUCAAAACGGCGGCCGCCCCUGUAAAUACAAGUUUGAAAAAAAUCUAUCCUUCUUUUCUCAUUUACAUUUUUCAGAAAGCCCGUUCAGUUUUGGCGGUGGAGUUUCUCCGCAGCCAACCGUCAAUUUCUCGUUCAAAACUGGGACCGUAACGACGCCCGCCACGACCGCUUCUACCAAUUCUCCAGUCCCUUUCUCUUUCAAACCUAGCAGUACGAUUUUAAAUAAAAUUAAAUUUAAAAAGCUUUUUUCUAGCUGCUGGAACCAGCAACUCGCUGUUCGGAUCGACAAAGAUUUCUGGAGAAAAGACGGAUUCCGACGCUGGAAAAGUAGAGGAGAAGAAGGAAGAGCCGAAGGUGCAAUAUUAUCAUCAAUCAUGAAUUUCGGAACCUUUUUUCAAAAAAAAAAGCAGUGCAUUUUUUCCAGAUUUUCUGCUGAAAAAACGUCUUUCAAAUUUUUCAAGUUUUUACAUGACGAAAAAUUACAUCAAAAAUGGCUUUUUAGCUUGAAAUUUUCUAUUCUUAUUUUUUGUCUCUUGUUUGUAUAAUAGGAAGCCAAAAACUCUAAUUGAAGGUCAAAUAUAUGUCGUCAUUAAAGUAUUGAACUAGCCAGCGAAUAAAUUCGGGUUUUUCAGAUUUUCGGCGGUGGUUCGGGACAAGUGACGUUCGCUUCGAUCGCCGCCAAUACAAAAGGAAACAUUUUUGAAGGAGAGACCGCCAAAAAGGCACAGGAAGAGUUCGCAGCUCAAAAGAAGGGAGCGGUUCGUGAAAAAUGUGUAUUUAAAACAAGUUAAAAGUGAAUUUUAGGCGUUCUCGGGAGGUAUCUUCUCGAAGCAGAAAACGGAAAAGAAGGAAAACGCCGAUGACGAGGAGGAGAAUGCGGAAGAAGAGUAUGAGCCUGACGUCCAAUACGCACCUGUUUGCCCUCUACCUGAUAUCGUCGAUGUCGUCACCGGGGAAGAAGGCGAAACGGUCCUGUUCUCCGGAAGAGUCCGGCUUUUCAAGUUCAUCCAGGAGACGCGGGAAAACAAAGAACGGGGCGUUGGUGUGUUAAAGGUGAAUGGGAAAAGGAAAUUGAUGAAAUUCAAAACGGUCAAAGAGAAAAAAGAUAACUGAAAUUUGGAGAGUCAGCAUUUUGAGUAUAGCGGAAAAGUUUGUGAGGGUUUGCAACCAAGUAAUUUUAAUUUUUUAUACGUUUUCAAGUCCUCACAGAAGUCAUAAAGUUAAGUUUGAAGGAGCAUUUAGCCGAUUCCGUCACAUUUUUCUAUCCAUUAAAAAAGACCGUAUACUAAACUAGAUAAAUAUUAAUCUUCGCUUCAAGACCUUGUUUUUUUUUCUGAAUUUUUAGCAGUUUUUUAACCUUUUUUUUAUUUUCUGUUCUUGCAAAACAUGCCCGACUUGCGCGGAACACACUAUAGGACAUUUUUUAGUUUAUUAUCUUCAUCUCCUAAUUUUGGGACCUUCAAACAGUUGAAAUGGAAAUUUUCGAGUUUUUUUUUCUGCUUCAAUAACUUAUUUUUCUUGAGGUCCUGCACAACGAAGAGACGGGCGUUUAUCGCGCUGUGAUGCGCAGAGAACAAGUCCACAAACUCUGCGCCAACUUCCGCAUCACCAAGGAGUUCAAGCUGAUGCCCAAGCCCAGCAACAAGUGCAUCUAUACGUUCAUGUGCAUGGUUGGUGGUAACUUUCAUAUAAUAAAAUAUGUCAAAGUACAGUAUAGUCAAUGUUUCCCGACUUGAAAGGUGAUAUGGGCUGGUUGGCAAGGGCGAGGUGUUGCGUGUGCGACGCGGCUAUUUGGCGGCGAGCCAAAAUUCAAAUGUGGGAGACAAUUUGGAGAGUUCGGUCACCGCUUUUUUAUUUCCUUUUUACUUUUUCUUAUUCAGUUCUAAUGGAGUUUUUUUCGAUUUUUAUUUAUUUUUCUCAAUGUAAUAUUGUAAGCGAACACCUUUUUCUGUGUUUUUGCAUAGAAAGUUUCUCGAAAGUGCAGCGAAUCGUGAAGCGUUUUCGGAAAACUUUUUCACUGGUUUUUUUGUUUCUUUCGUAUUUGCUAAACUUCUCAGUUUUUCUUCUCAACUCAAACCUCUAAAAAUCUUUAUAAUUUUUUUCUAUUAUGAUUGAUUGCAGAUCGUAAGAAGAGAAAAAAAUUCGUGAGAAGCUAUGGUGUUUGAAAGAAAACACUUCGUUGAUGGCAAACAGGUUUGUUUCAAUUUUUUUGAAAUUUCUCAUUGUCAUUUUUUUCAGCAAUGUUUUAGUUUUUUUAAGUCCAAUAAACUCUAAAAGCUCAUCGCUGGCCUCGUCGGGCGAGAAAUUCCAUUGGAAAAAGGCCUCGUCAGAAGAAGGAGACACGUUGAUGAACAUCGGUCGCCGUUAGAAGAAAAAUUUUUUUAUUCAAUCUAUUUUUGGUUAGGCUAUUUUUAUUGACGUAUCAUAUUAUCCGUGUAGAUUCGUUGUUCAUCCAACACUGGGUUCAACCAUUGUCCACUUCAGCGGCAUCAAAACGCUGUUUCCGGGAUUUCAUUCAUUCUUAAUUACUCUUCGUUGCCGGCGACUAACUCUUCGAUUAUACCAUGGUUCAGCAGAGAUUUUUCUUCAUCUUACUCUGAAGACUGAAUAAAUUGAAUUGAAAUUGAACUCUCCGUUUCCGUCUAUUUAUUCUCGUUAGAACAAUUUCAAGAACGUUUUUAAAACAAGUUUAUUGGAAGGAAAAAAACGAAAGAACAGGUUAGCAAAACUUUGGGUGGUUGCUGAUGCAGACAGUACAAAAAGAGAGAAUUCAUGAUGUUACCUGAAAAUUAAUAUUUAUUACAUGAAGAAAAAAAAUUAGUGCUUGGUUUUUUUAACCCGAAAAAGUGCAUGUCCGUUAAUGUAAAAAUUUUUUUGGCGAACAAUAUAUUCACGAACUUUUUUUCAAGAAAAUCUAAGUAUUCAUUGAAAGAAUAGUUAAACCAAGGAACAGAAAGAGAACAGAAACAAGAACUCACAAACCUUGGUAAUCGUUCGUAACUCGUUAUUUUUCUUUCUCAUUUCCGUAAAAAUCUCUGCAGAAAUCCUGAAUAAAAAAACCUUUUUUAAAAAAAUUGUUAUUGAUUCGAUAAAAUACUUCGCAACACUCCGCGAAUGGUUACUUCUAAAGGUUUUCACUGCAUGCAAGAAAAAAAUAUGAAUGAAUUUGAGAAAAAACCAUGACCUUUAUUGAAAAAUCGACUCUUCGUGAAACUCGGUGUGAAACCCUCGACUUCUGAGUUUUUGAAAUUCUUCAAUCGUAUUUUGCUUGGUCUGAAAAGCAUCAUCAAUGAAUAAAUACAGUAAAUUUUUCACAGCACAGAAUGCACAAGUAAAAAAAAUCAUAUUCCGCGACAAAUCAAUGAGCAACGAUCAACUUGAAUAAACAUUUGUUUGUGCGAAAAAAUAUUAUUAUAGGUUCAAAUAAAGUUCCAAUAAAAUCCACUGAAACAAAUAAUUAGCGAAAACAUUAUAAAAACAGAAUAAGAAAAAGAAAAAAGGAAAUAAAAAAGCGGUGGCCGAACUCUCCAAAUUGUCUCCCCACAUUUUGAAUUUUUGGCUCGCCGCCAAAUAGCCGCGUCGCACACGCAACACCUCGCCCUUGCCAACCAGCCCAUAUCACCUUUCAAGUCGGGAAACAUUGACUAUAGUUUUCGUCCUGUUUGAAAAAAACCUUUUUUUCGUUUUUUGCGUUUUGUCAUUUUCAAUCCCAUCAAUUCAAAUUGUAGAUAUUUUCGAGGAUAGAACUGAUCUCCGAACUACAGUUUCAUUGUUUUGUGCUAUAGAUUUUGAAUUUCAAUUAGAAUGACGUCAUUUUAAAAGGCUCAGUGGAUGGCUCGCUCUCUGAUUGGCUUACCACGCCAUUAGGGGCGGAGCUUGAGCUUUUUUCCGAUUUAUUUUUAGCUUGUGCAAGGAAAAAUUAUGGUUUUACGACGAAAUCCCGUUUGAAUUGCUGUCUAAGCGCCUUUAUCUUUUUCGUUAAAUUUUAGAAUCCAUCUUUUGUUAUAGUCUAUUCAGAUUUUGAAUGUCAAGUAGAAUGACGUUAUUCGAAAACCCUCUUUAGAUGGCUCGCUCUCUGAUUUUUUUAUCGCGUAAUUAUGGGCGGAGCUUGAAUAACGACUUUGCAUUCAAAAUCUGAACAGACUUUACAGCUUCAUUUUUUUUUACCCGGACUUUUCAUUAUUAUAGUACUAUUUAUUCUUUCUUUUUUCGAUGUAAUUUUAGUGAUCUUCACUAAUUUAAUUACAGGACUACGCAGAAGACCUCAACGGCGCGGCGGAAAUAUUAACGGUUCGGCUGAAGGACGAGAAAAUUGCCGACGAGUUCAAGGCGACCAUCGAAAAAGCCCAGAAGGAUAUGGACGCCUAA